AUGUCUAAAAACACUGAACAAAAAGCUCUUCAACUACCAAGUAAAAGUGGUUCAGAACAAGUUAAUCUAGAAAAAUGCCUAAACGCUUUACAUGCUAAGUAUAAUAAAAACGCUACGUUGGACCAAAAAAUGAACGAACUAGUUGAAUUAUGUAAAGAAUUUGGAGAACAACUUCCUACUUUUAGAAGCAAAAAAUCUUAA